UUUCAUUAAUGGUUUUAUCUAGUGAUUAACAAAAACUGAAAAAAAAAAAUUCUUCAAAAAGCAUGUACUUUCUUGCAGUGUAAUGGGUUGAGUUUAUAAGUAAAAUAGAAUGCCUUAAAAUAGUUCCCGUUCAAAUAAAGACAUGUAAAGUUGUCAAAUAAGCGCGCUUGUUUUCUUGACGUGGGUUUUGAUUGGACGGCUGAAGGUUGUCUCCGCCCACAGUAUGCCGUUUCCAUGACAAUUCAAUAUGGCCGCGCACGGAAGACAACCUGUGUUGUCCUCCACACCACUGCAGAUCCUGUUUCAUUUGAAUGGCUGGUAUUUUGCAGCGUUCUUCAUCGCUGAGAUUCUUAUGUUUAUCUACAAAGGGGUGAUCCUCCCUUACCCACAAGCCAAUCUGAUAUUGGAUGUUGUCCUGCUACUCCUCUUCUUGGGCCUGGAAACCCUCAGACUCUUCUACGGCUGGAAGGGGAACCUGUGUCAGCGCUCUCUGGCUCUGUUUGUGAGUGUUGCUGUUCUGGUGCCCUGUGCAGUGCUAAGCGUCUACUACCUGCUGCUGCAGACCUUUGUGUUACGGCUGGAGUUUGUGCUCAAUGCUGUGCUGCUCUGCUUCUACAGCUUUGAGCUGGUUCUGGGGCUCAUGACCAUCUCGGUUUUUUCAAGGGCCAACAUUUAUUAAGUUCAUCUGUUUUUUUAUGUCAGAAUGAAAACACUGAACAGAAUAAGCUUGCAGUCUUUCAAACUGAGAGCUGUCAACAGUUACCUUUUUUACAAUACAUGUAAGUUACAUAAAACACAUUUCAUUUGUACAGUUUUUCAAACAAAUAGAUUAAGCAUCUGUAUUAAAUAGAUCUUGAGAUGUUAUAAAAGCUGUUUCCAGUUUGCAUAGAUUUUUUUAAA